AGCCCGGGGGUGGGGCCGGCGCGCGCUGGGAGGAAGCGGCUGUGCUGCAGCUGCUGGGCGUGUGGGGGCGGCGGCGGCCAAGGCCGAGGCGGUGGCGGUGGCAGUGGUGGAGUAUAGGCAGCACCUCAAUCGGGACCGUGCUCCGCAAGGCCCCCUUGAAGGUCCCAUGGAGACACCAGCGGGCGGAUGCUGCGGCUCUGGGCCGCCGCUGCUGCUGAGCGAGGGUGAGCAGCAGUGCUACUCCGAGCUCUUUGCGCGCUGCGCGGGAGCGGUGAGCGGGGCCCCGGGUCCCGGGCCCCCUGAAGCCGCCAGGGUCGCCUCGGGCUCUGCCACUGCGGCCGCUGGCCCCGUGGCUGAUCUGUUUCGGGCGUCGCAGCUGCCGGCUGAGACACUACACCAGAUCACAGAACUGUGUGGUGCAAAGCGGGUUGGUUAUUUUGGUCCGACACAGUUUUAUGUUGCCCUGAAAUUAAUCGCUGCAGCACAGUCCGGCCUCCCUGUGCGGAUAGAGAGCAUUAAGUGUGAAUUGCCUCUGCCUCGCUUUAUGAUGUCAAAGAAUGAUAGUGAGGUGAGAUUUGGGAAUUCAGCUGAACUGCAUGGAAGUAAGGUUCCGAUUCCAUACUUAACCACAGAAAAAAAUUCCUUCAAGAGAAUGGACGACGAGGAAAAACAGCAGGAAACACAGUCUCCCACGAAGUCACCCCUCGCCUCCCCUCCUUCUUCCCCGCCUCAUUACCAGAGGGUGCCCUUGAACCAUGGCUACAGCAAACUGCGGAGCGGUACAGAACAGAUGCAUCCAGCUCCGUAUGAAGGUAGACAGCCCCUUGUUCAGUCUGAGGUAUCCUCAUCUGGGGGUCCAGGAGCCAAACCUCUUCGACAUCAGGCUUCCCUUAUCCGGUCCUUUUCAGUAGAGAGAGAGCUGCAAGAUAACAACAGCAGUUACCCAGAUGAACCCUGGAGGAUAACUGAAGAACAGCGGGAAUACUACGUCAAUCAGUUCCGUUCCCUUCAGCCAGACCCCAGUUCCUUCAUUUCAGGCUCUGUGGCCAAAAACUUCUUCACCAAGUCAAAGCUUUCCAUUCCAGAACUCUCUUAUAUAUGGGAACUUAGCGACGCUGACUGUGAUGGAGCCCUGACCCUGCCUGAAUUCUGUGCUGCAUUCCAUCUCAUUGUGGCACGGAAGAAUGGCUACCCCCUACCUGAGGGCCUGCCUCCAACUCUGCAACCAGAGUACCUGCAAGCAGCUUUUCCUAAGCCCAAGUGGGAGUGUGCAUUAUUUGAUUCGUACUCUGAAUCAGUGCCGACAAACCAACAAGCCCGUGAACUGAAUCGGACAGAGAAGACAUCUGUUAAAGACAUGACUGAUUUUCCUGUCCCUACCCAAGACGUGACUGGUGAUGACAAACAAGUUUUGAAAAGUACUCUCAAUGAAGUCUUACCAAAGGAUGUGCCUGAGGAUCCAGUAAUUCCUAAGGAUUCCAACAGUCUCAAAGCAAGACCAAGAUCCAGAUCUUACUCUAGCACCUCCAUAGAAGAGGCUAUGAAAAGGGGCGAGGACCCUCCCACCCCUCCACCACGGCCACAGAAAACCCAUUCCAGAGCCUCCUCCUUGGAUCUGAAUAAAGUCUUCCAGCCCAGUGUGCCAGCUACUAAGUCAGGAUUGUUGCCUCCACCACCUGCACUUCCUCCGAGACCUUGCCCAUCACAGGGUCUGGCAAAUAAUAGUCCACAGGCCAGAUCUGUCUUACCACUUGCUUUGUCUGAACAAGUGUCCGAGGCUGAAUUGCCCCCACAGCUGAACAGAGCCCCUUCCCAGGCUGCAGAAAGUAGUCCAGCCAAGAAGGAUAUACCAUAUUCCCAGCCCCCAUCAAAGCCAAUUCGUAGAAAAUUAAGACCUGAAAGUCAACCUACGGAAAGCCAAGAGCCUUCUACUGCUGUAGGUGGACCAGCUUCUGGAACAUCUGUGAAACCCCAUCCAACAGUCCAAAAGCAGUCUUCCAAACAGAAGAAGGCUAUUCAGACUGCUAUCCGCAAAAAUAAAGAGGCAAAUGCAGUGCUGGCCCGAUUAAACAGUGAACUCCAACAGCAGCUUAAGGAGGUUCAUCAAGAACGGAUUGCAUUGGAAAACCAGUUGGAACAACUUCGUCCAGUCACUGUGUUGUGAGCCCCAAGGUUCAAGUGGCAGUGCAUGACCUUAUCUGCCAAGAUCUUUCCUUUGAAUAUCUGAGCCCAACUACUUGUUGUAGAUGUUUGACUAUGUCAAAGUUGUGAGCAGCAGAGUAUAAUCCAUGCAACACUUUAUCUUGAAGUUCACUUGUGUAUUUUAUUGUGGUUGGAAAAAUUACUUCAACUGAUUAUCACAUCUGAAAUUGUAAUUAUCAAAGGACUUUAUCUCCCUUUCUUAAGUACUUCCUCAAGGUAUUAGAUGCUGCACCUUACCAAAAAUCAUUCUUCUAGCAAUUAAUUUAGAGCAUUAUUUAUUUAAAGAAUUUAUGAUUUGUAUAAAACCUUAUAACGAAGUACUUUCAGGAUGCUUAUUUUAUUUUUGUAUGUAUAUCACAUACAGUAGUUUGGUUUCCUGAAUAAUUGGGAUUCCAACUGGAUAGUCUUUGGCAUGAUGAUUAAAAAAACAAAAGGUAAAAUAAAAUGAAAGCAUCAGAUUUAGACUGGCGCUGUGCCCUCCACCACUGUAUGCUAAAAAUUGCUUCUCUAGUGCCAUUUUGAUGUUAUAUCUAGCUAUAAAUAAUACAUUACUAUCAUUUUCUAUUGAAUGUCAAAGACCUAUUGGGUCUUUGUACCCUAUAAAGUUGAGAUUUUGGCAAUGAGCUAUUUAACUUGGCCAAUCUAGGCCAUCAACCCAGAUAACUCAGUCCUUUCAUGUAAAUUUUUGGGCAAGAACAAUUUACUUUAGCUGCCUUCCCUGAUGAAAUCAAAUAAAUAGUUGCCAGAUCUCUACUUUUAUCCUGCAUGGGAUAACAUCUCUGUAAAUGCAGGAGUUUGGAAACCACCCAUCAAACAUGAAAAGCUGGAUUGAUAAACAUUUGUUGUGCGAACCCAGGUAUGUAAACUGGGGAAGAAAGGGAAGUGGUUUCCAACAAUCCAAAAAACCUUGUAUUUUUGCCUUUAUUUUAAUCUGAAUUGAGGAUAUGUUGAGCAUAAAGAAAUAAUGAAAGAAAGUGGUGCUCAUACUGGACAUAUGACUAUUUUGUUUUCUUUGAAAUGUGCCCUUGGGAAGUAAUUGGCAUGUAUACAGCUUGGAGCAGCUCAGCCAACUCCAGUACAGGAGGUGUAAAACAAACUCAAAUUGCAGAAGCCAGUAUCCUUUACAACUUUAGGAAGCUGCUACUUCACCUGAAUGCCCAAGCUGAAAGUGAUAAUUGACUGACCCUCAGGGUCAUGGAUUCACUAACCUCACAGGGCAUACCAAUUUCAACAUUGCUUUCAGAGACUUACAGCAAGACAUACUGUCUUUUAUGCAUUUUGCUAAUAUACCCAUUCUUUGGAUAAUGGGAUGGGGAGUUCUGGUACUUUUUGAAAUGGCUUGGGAUAGGUUUGGAACACAUGAGAUAGAGCUGCUGGUUUCAGUAGAACUGAGAGCUUUUAGGAAAAGUAGGCAUUCAUUUAAUGCUUCCUAGUUUCACUGGCAAGAUUUCUCAAUAGCUUAACAGCAACAGAGAAAGGCUCAAACAGAUGAUCUUUGCCCAAAGAAAAACAAAUUGUUGAAUCUGUUCCAUGCAUGUUUAGGUAUUUUGAAUUGAUUUGAUUUUGAAAAUCAUGAAACUUGAACUGUUUCUCUAGAGGAACUUCCCCCCUCUUUGGCUGCCUUUUCUGUUCUCAUGAAGAAGGGUUGGUAGUGAGUUUUAAACCUUUCCUAAGAGUAUAUAUGGGUCAGUGCAAAUUUUUAGGUAACUUUUUCUCUGUAUGUUGAGAUUUGGGAGCUGCAACAAAUUUUAUCGACAAAUUUUAUCAGUGUUCUUAUUGCAGAUGUUUCAUGGCAUGUUUGGCUUUUGGUGCAUUCCAUCCAGGAAGGACUAGUGUAUGCACUUUAUCUCAUAAUCUUCUAGUACAUAUGCACUCACUCGGGAUAGCACUUCAUAUCCACCAGCCAGACAUAUAAACGAAGGAAUGUUAGUCUAAACUAUGCAUUUAAAAAAUACUGACAUGCUGUCUUCCCCUAUGAAGUCAGUGACAAAAAGAGCCAAAUAAGGAGGCUGGGGUUUUGCUUAGUUGGCUUGGUUUUCAUUAAAGGAAAAAACUUGCAUUGGACAAUCAAAGCUCUCCAAGAUUCAUAGUCUCUCUUAUGUAUAUGCUAGGAUCAAACCCAGGGCUUCAUGCGUGCUAGGCAAGUGCUCUAUCACUGAGGCCAUUCUCAGCUCAGCAGCAGUAUUUUAAGAUAGGUAUUGCAUUAAAGCACACACCAGUAAAUGUACCCAGCCUUCCUACCUGGACUUAAUUUGUCCAUGGUUUAUUAGUUGCUUAGAAAUGGACGUUUUAAAAAAGAAUUAAAUAUUGUUUGUUUAUGUAUAUACAUACAGACGUAUACACACUCUUACUGUUGCUAAUCCUCAAGUUCUCUGUUUUCUUAGGAUGUGUACUUUUAGAGUUAUAAUGCCUAAUAAUGUUUCUGUGAGCCUUUAAUGUGAUUUAUAAGAAGGCUGGCUUAUUGAAACCACCACUAUACCUCUCUAAUAAAAAUUCUCCAAAAUUAGACUUGCUUUUUAGUAGAAUUCUACAAAUAAAAAGUUGAAGUUGUCCCUGUUUAUGGGGAUUUAAUUACCUUGUUCGUUGGUGUUCUCCUAUAGAGAUCCUGCAGUCAUGUAGACAAAAGCAUAGUAAGAGUUAAUAGAGGAAAUAUUGGGUUCCUCAGCAACCCUUGUAUGUGACAUAUUGCUUUUGCCUCCUCCUUGACAGACGUAAAGCAAAAUCAAGUAGUAGACAUCUGGAAUGGGUACGCAUGUUGUAUUCCAGGCACAUAUUUGCCUUAGUUGAAAGGAUCUCAUGGCUUUAAAAAUAUAAACAAGUGCUUGGGGCUAGUAGAUGAAUCAGCUUAGUUGGAAGCUGUGCCCAUCUUCCUGUCAGUGAAGAACAGGAUGCCAGGGCUGGGCAGGACUGGUACUUGUCUCCUGUAGUUCAUAUGUGGUGAAACCAAGGCCCUAAGAAUCAGCAGUUCCCAGCUCAAGAAUCCAUAGAAGGAGAUAGCUAGCGGUAGAGCUAGGUUACCAGCCUGAGCUUAUGGUUCGAAGUUGGCCCUCUGUUCUCUGUCAACAUUAAAAGUAGAUUAGAAGGUUUUUCUUUACUUUUAUCUUGUUGAAUUUUAUUGACUUAACUAAUUAGUCUUUAAAUAUAAAAACAUGUUUUAAGUUUUAGAUCUAACAAUUUCUCUUGGUUUGAAAAGUAAAAUCUAAAGGGAAAGAAUAUUAUUGAACUAUUUGUUCUUCUGAACACCUCACCUUUCAUGAAGCAAUAAGUUAUUCUGAAUUUUCUUGGCAGAGCUUUUGACAGCUGUUGCUUUGAAUGGAUUCCAUUCCUAUAUUCCUUAUGGGGGUUUAUUUUUAAAAUAGACUACUGUGAUUGAAAUGAACUCAAUAUGUAGUAAGUUAUAGUUUUCUUCAAUAUAUCUUUAGUUACUCGGGUCACAAAUGUUCAAUUUCAGCAUAUUUUAGGGUGAGUAAUCAAAAACAUGGAUUUUCCUUUGUUUUCGUACCAAAAUCUGAACUAUCUUAAAACAGUUUUUUCUUUAUAUGUGAUUGUACAGUCUGUUUGUAGUAUUUGUCUGUUUCUUAAAUGAUCUCAUCACCAUGGUAAUAAUAGACAUGUAAUCAAAGAUCAAUAAUAUUUGGAAUAUAUGUGUUUUUUGCAAUUAAGAUGGACAUUUGUGAAUGUCUUUUCAGCAGGAGUUAGAUCUCAAUGACAGUAUUAACACCUUUGAGCUAACAACAUUUGUUCAACACAAACUAGAAUCACACCUUCUAAGUACAUAACAUCAAGGGAAUGUGAUUUUAAAAAUAUAAAAAAAAUAUUUUACUAUCUCAUAGCAAGCAGCUCUUCCUGUGUUAUUGACAAGUAGACUCAUGAGGUUGUGGUUUAAGCAUUAUUACUGUGGAUAAAAUGACAUCGCAGCUGAGAGGUCAUUUUCCCUUUGGCCAAACAACAUGUAUAACUUCAUUUUCUCAGUUUGACUGGUUUACUGUUUCAGGUAUGUUCUUUUAAAACUGAUUUCAAAUUUAUACUUUAGCUCCUUUUUUUUAAGCAUCAUGACUGUGUGGUUCAAAUUCCUAGUAAGAAAUGGGGAGUGGGUUUUGGGAGUACUGUUUGCAUAUCUUGCUUCUCCUUCAGCGCAGGAGAAAGGAGCCUACCCACCAAUGCGGCCCGAUUAGACACUGAUAGCGAUUUGAAUGACUGUUACCCUAUGGGCCACCCGGCUUUGCUUAUUUCUGAGGAGCAGUGCAUCUAGUUAUGUGAACUUCCCCAGAACAACUCUGGGAGCAGCAGACAACAGAGGGACAGAUUUAAAAGCAAUGCAAGCCCAUUCUAAGAGCUGCUGCCCACCCUCCAAUUGGCCUUUUGAAGACUGUCUUACAAAUAAGACCUGAAGCGGCAGAGGUGUCAGUGUGAGCAAGACAGCCCAAGUGCACGGUUGCUUUUAGGCCAUAUAAUAGUUAUUUUCUAUGUUUAUUAAUAUACAGGAUGGUAAGAAGAACCUUUCUAAGCAGCACUAUAGAUUUGAAUUGACAGGGCUUAUUCUAGGUUACAGAAGCCUUGCUUUGCUGUCAAUAACUAGGGAGUGCUUUCUUUUCAUGGCAUGAAUUCUGUCUUGCUUCCAGCUAUAAUUUCAUGGUUGUCAAGGUUAGAGAAAGUAGGUUUACAACUUUGAAGACGAGAGAAUAUCAGAAUUUAAGAAAUCUUAAGCUAGAAUUUGGAAACUAUAGUAAGGAAAAUUCAGGUACCAGUUCCAUCCUCAGGGCCUGUGUUGAAUAACAGCACUAGGUCAUAAGCUCCAUCAGAGAGCUCUGCCCUGAGACGGAACUCAACAACCAUCAUAUGGAGGUCAGAUCAACUAAGUUGUGUGUUUUUUUGUUUGUUUGUUUUAAGUCAACUUGUGUGACAGCUUCAACUGCACACAUCUUGAGAGCCAGGUAUACCCUCUUCUAUAGCACUGCCAUCCUUUUUGUCUUCAGCACAAAUAAGAUAUUUAAGUGAGCCAGAGGCAAAAAAAGAGCCAUUUUAGUCUUCAUAGCUAUUGGCCAAGAGAGAUAAUGAACUGAUGGUCUAUUUUAGCCUUGAAAGUAAAAAUGUAUAUUUUUUCACUAUAGAUACAUUGAACAGUAAAAAGUGUAACAGCAAAGUAUAUAUUUGAUGCCUUCUGUCUUUUCAUGAUACUGUACCACCAAGUUGUGUUAGUGUUUUACUCAGCUAGAGUCUCAUUUGUUUGCUAAGCAUUUGGAACAUUAUGUAUAUUGACCUUAAACAUAAAUCCCUGAGAGUGUCCUAUAUUUGUGUUGUGACUUAUAGGCUCGAGCUAACUUUACUGCCUCUUUUUCACAUUUGUUGAAAAAUCUGUGAAGAACGUAUUAAAUUAAGGAUCUCAAACUUUGGAAAAUGCACAUGAUGUGAAACUGGGGUGCUAUGUUAAAAAUAAAUGUAUGAUAACUAAA